GCGGAGGUGGGGGGCGUGGGUGACGUCAUGCGCGUGCGCCCGCGGCGGCGCAUGCGCGGCGGGGCCCGGGGCCGGAGCGGGCCGCGCGGAGCCUGCGGGCGGUGGGCGCCGCCGCCGCCGCCAUGUUCCGGUACCAGUCCCUGGAGGACUGCCCGCUGGAUGAGGAUGAAGACGCCUUCCAGGCCCUGGGGGAGGAGGAUGAAGAUAUCGACCAGUUCAACGACGAUACGUUUGGAGCCGGGGCUGUGGAUGACGACUGGCAGGAGGCACAUGAGCGGCUGGCAGAGCUGGAAGACAAACCGAUUGCAGCCCGGGAGCAGGAUGGGCCCAGUGGUGAGGACGCAGAGGCAGACCUACUGGGCGAGCCCGAGGACAUGCUGGCAGAACGCUUGACCCGGCUGGUUAUUGACAGCGAGCUGGAGGACCCUGCUAUCAUGCAGGCUGUGCAGACCAGGGCCCCCGUGCAGCAGCCUGGAGGGCUGAACUCCAGCAUCUGGGACAGCUCAGCUGUCCUGCGGCGCAUGCGGGGGCCGCUUCUCACUCAGGAGAUGCCAUCGGUGUCUGUGCUGGACUAUGCUCUGCCUCAGAGACCUCCCCAGGUUCGAGAGGAAGACCGGGACCCUUCCGAGCGGGCGCUGCCCCGGCGUUCAUCAUCCCCUGUCAUCGGGAGUCCCCCUGUCCGGGCUGUCCCCAUUGGUACCCCCCCCAAGCAGGCUGCCAUGCCCAACUUCAACCAGCAGAUCCUGUGUCCGAAGCCUGUCCACAUCCGAGCUACCAUGCAGCAGCGCUACCCUGCUCCCUACGGCGAAAGGAUGUCUCCCAACCAGCUCUGCAAUGUACCGAAUUCCUCCCUCCUGGGCCACCCGUUCCCCCACAGUGUCUCUCCAGUUCUCACCCACCUGCAGAGAGCACAGCUGCUCGGAGGAGCCCAGGCUGGCCGAAUGUCUCCCAGCCAGUUUGCCCGCGUCUCUGGCCUGGUUGGGAGCCCCCUCCCCUCCGUCAAUCCCAAGCUGCUCCAGGGCAGAGUUGGGCAGAUGAUGUCUCCAGCCAGCGGGUUUCGUGCCUUCUUUGGGGCUCCCCCCGCUCCACCUCCCUCUCAGCCGCAGCACCCGCCGGGCCCUGGAUCCCACCUGCAGGGCCUGAGGCCGCAGCCUCAGAUGUUCCGACCGGACACGACCCACCUGCACCCCCAGCACCGCCGGCUCCUGCACCAGCGGCAGCAGCAGAACCGAAACCAGCACCGCAGCCUCAACGGCUCAGUAGGGGACCGAGGGGGCCACCGGAGCAGCCACCAGGAGCAGAUACGCAAAGACCCCUACGCCAACCUCAUGCUGCAGCGGGAAAAGGACUGGGUGUCCAAGAUCCAGAUGAUGCAGCUGCAGAGCACUGACCCCUACCUGGAUGAUUAUUACUACCAGAAUUACUUCCAGAAGCUGGAGAAGUUGUCAGCAGCAGAGGAAGUCCACGGCGAUGGUCCCAAGAAGGAACGCACCAAACUCAUCACACCUCAGGUGGCUAAGCUGGAGCACACCUACAAGCCAGUGCAGUUUGAGGGCUCGCUGGGGAAGCUCACGGUUUCCAGCGUCAACAACCCCCGGAAGAUGAUCGAUGCGGUGGUGACCUCCCGCAGCGAGGAUGAUGAGACGAAGGAGAAGCAGGUUCGAGACAAGAGGCGCCAGACCCUUGUCACAAUCGAGAAGACGUAUAGCCUCCUCCUGGAUGUGGAGGACUAUGAGAGACGCUACCUCCUGAGCCUGGAAGGCGAGCGGCCGGCCCUGAUGGGCGAGAGGAAGCAGAAGAUCUGUGAUAUGUACGACAAUCUGAGGGGGAAAGCGCCUGGGCAGGAGAGGCCGAGUGACGACCACUUCAUGCAGAUCAUGUGCAUCCGGAAAGGGAAGCGCCUCGUGGCCCGGAUCCUCCCCUUUUUGUCACCCGAGCAAGCAGCCGACGUACUCAUGGCGACCGCCAGGAACCUGCCCUUCCUCAUCAAGAAGGAUGCUCAGGAUGAGGUGCUGCCCUGCCUGUUAAGGCCCUUCUCGCACGUUCUCUACCACCUUCCCUUGGGGACGGUCACCAGCCUUGUGCAGCAGCUAACGAACCUACCUCAGAGCGCGACCACGCCAGCGCCCACCAACCUGCACCUCACUGCUGUGCUCCAAAACAAGUUUGGCCUGUCCCUGCUGUACUUGGUCUUGAGCCGUGGGGAGGAACUGCAGAGCUCGGACGUGAACACGGAGCUAAUGCAGGACAACCAGUGGACGGAGGUGAUGCUCAUGGCAACCCGAGAGCUCCUGCGGAUCCCUCAGGCGGCCUUGGCGAAGCCAGUGUCCACCCCCUCGAACCUGAUCUCCCUCUUCUCUCGCUAUGUCGACCAGCAGAAGCUGAACCUGCUGGAGACAAAAUUGCACUUAGUGCACGGGAUCCGGUAGGAGGUCCCCCGGCUCCUCGCCACCGCCGUCAGCACCGGAGUGUUCCAGAGGAUGGCUGGAGGGCAGGUGGUUCCCCCCACCUCAGCCGCGACGCACGGCCUGGCAGGAUGGUUUCCCCCAGCGCAGGAGGCACAUCUCCUGCCCCGCAAUCCUGGCUGGAGAGGCUGGGGAGGGGGGGGAUGGUUGGCUGCUCCCCACCCUCUCCAACAAAGUGCUGCCUCUUCCCUGCUGCGCCCAAGCCCCCCCUGCUCCCCCAACAGCUGCUGCUUCUCCCCCCACACACACACGCACACUACUGAGGAAGGUGGGCGCCCCGGGAAGGGGGAGCCGCAGGGCUGGGAGAAGCCCCUUGCUCCCCACCUGUGGGGCAGCAGAGUGGGUCCACCCCCCCCAGCCCACCCUCCCUCCCCGGUCCUUCCCCAGCCCUUCCCCAGCCCCUAUGAGCACUGAGGUCUGGUCCCUGCCCUUCCCCAGCCGCGCACACGUGUCUCACGCAUGCGCACACCUCUUUUGCACACUUGCCUUGUCUUCCCAAGUCGGCUCCGGCCCGUGCCCCGGGCUCAGCCCCAGCACCCCCAGGGCCAGGGGCGGGGGGCCUUGGCCGUGCCCUGGUGUCCAGCAGCCUCCUCCCGAGCCAGGGGGAUUCUGCUGUUCUGCUCCCGGGGGGUGUGGGGGUGUUAAUUUUAACUUUUUUUUUUUUUUUUUUUUUUUUU